AUGGGCUUUGGCGAUGUGCUGGACGACAACACCUUUUUGCAAUGUAUGGGAAUCUUUCGCCAUAUAACAGUGCAGCUCGACUACGAAAAUUCUAUUCGAAAAUCUAGAGCUGUCUGGGACGUCGCGUUUGAAUCUGACCACCAUCCAGUUCUCCUCGGCUUCAAGAAAUGGUUCCACAAAAGAAACCGAGAAGUUCCUCUUCAACCGAAAAUCGACGUGGUAGGUCUGAAAGACGAUGAUGAAAUGCAGAACAAAAUUCCGCCAACGUGUGUCUAUUCAUGUUGGAGUACGGACCAGAAAGAAGCUUAG